CAACGAUUCCUUACGAUACCUGUGAACAGCUGACCCGAAGAGAAGACCUGUCAGUCGUGAUCUAGUUACCGUGGGAGGUAGAUCGGCGGAACUUGCUCUCUAUAUCCGACACAGUUAAGCGAGCCACGAUGCAAGUGAGACUGUCGACGACGCCCCGCGCGCAGGCCCUGCUCCUCCUCCCCCUCGUCCUCCUCGCCGUCGCCGCCCACGUCAGUGCCGAAGCAGAGGAACCUCCCAGCGCCGCCGCCGAGCAGCCGAUGAGACACCGCUCCGCCACGUUCAUCCCCAACGUGUUCCCCGACGAGGAUGCGGAGCCGGACGUGCCCUCUACUGACGAGAACACCAUCGGCCAGAGCCCGUGUCCUCGGGGGGAGAGCGGCGCCGUAUGCAGACAGGAGCUGGCGUCGAGCACCUUCAACUGCACCACAGACUCCUGCAUGCAGUGCCGCGACGAAUGCAGCACGAUGGAGCCUUCUCUGUGGCCGCUGUGCUGCCGCGACCACUUCCUGUGCUGCCGCCCACUUGCCUCGGCCUGCCAGCAAUGCGACACGCCCGAGCUGUUCCCCUUCUGCGGCGCCACCUUCAAGCGCUGCAACUGAGGGCAUCCUUUGGGCCUAUUCCUCCUCUUCCCCUGCCCCUUCUCCUUCUCGCUCCUGUUCGUGUCGCCAUCUGUGAUUUUCGUGUUGUGAUGAGAUGUCAUGAUGACGCCAUGGUUAUUUAGUAAACGUCACUAGUAUUUGUAUGUUGUAGUAGUGACGUCAUGAUGACAUCAUACUGAAAAAUGGCUUCAUGUCUGAUGUCAAGAGGGAAUCUCACUUGACAACCGGCGCCGAAGGCUUUGUAUUCCGUGAUAUACAUGUUAACAUAUAUA